GAGGUAAUUAGCUCACAUGUGGUAGUGGAGGAGGAGAAGAGAGUUAGUAGCUCCCCCUUCUUAAGCUAGAGGUUUCCAUAGAAUUUAAUGCUCAUUAGUUUGUUUAAAAUUACAUAGAGAUAUGAUUAAUUUAGCAAACAAAUGAAGGAUUACCUUGACUUGAGAAAGCUGGAUAUUAGUGCAUGACCCGUAGUAGUGGUGGUGAUCUUGUUUCAUUUGAUCCAGAAAUUAAGAGAACUUUUAGAGAGUUCUUAAGAGAGCAAAAGCAUAACAUCAUGGCAGAAGAAGGUGAAGGACAAAAUAAUGCACCCACUCUUGGUUCAUAUGCUACCCCAUCCCUUGAAGGAAUAGCAUCCAGUAUUAGGAGGCCAGUAAUUCAAGCCAACAACUUUGAAAUCAAACCAGCUAUCAUUCAAAUGAUCCAACAAACUGUCCAAUUCAGUGGUUUGCCUAAUGAAAAUCCUUAUUUGCAUAUUGCUAGUUUUCUUGAAAUUUGUGAUACUUUUAAGGCUAAUGGUGUUAGUAAUGAGUCUGUUAGGCUUACAUUAUUUCCAUUUUCUUUGUGUGAUAAAGCCAAGAGUUGGCUUCAAUCUUUUCCUGCAGGCCAUUUUACCAUAUGGAAUGUUUUGGUAGAUAAAUUUAUAGCUAAAUUUUUUCCUCCUUCGAAAACAGCUAAGUUGAGAAAUGACAUUACUACUUUUGUUCAAUUUGAUAAUGAGUCAUUAUAUGAGGCAUGGGAAAGAUGUAAGGAAUUGCUUAGGCAAUGUCCAAAUCAUGGUUUACCUAUUUGGCUCCAAGUGCAGACUUUUUAUAAUGGUAUGACUACUCCUAAUCGAUCUAUAAUUGAUGCAGUUGCAGGGGGUAAUCUUAUGAAUAAGACAGAGGAGAAUGGUUAUAAGCUGUUAGAUGAAAUGGCCUCUAAUAGCUAUCAAUGGACUAAUGAUAGAGCUACCAAAAAGGGAGUUGGUUUACAUAAUGUUGAUGCUUUUACUUCUUUAUCUGCUCAAAUUUCUACUUUGAAUAAAAAGUUAGAUAAUUUAGGAGCGUCAGCAAUGAGUAUUUCAUCUAAUAGUUGUUGUGAAUUGUGUGGGCAAUUUGGUCAUGCUAGUGUUGAAUGUCAAGUAGGCAAUUCAGUUCAAUCUUCUAAUGAGCAAGCUAAUUUUGUUUCUUCUGGUGGUAGGUCUAAUUUUAAUCCAUACUCCAAUACCUACAAUCCAGGAUGGAGGAGCCAUCCUAAUUUUUCAUGGAGUAAUAAUCAAGUGAGAGUACCACCCGGUUUUCAGCAACAAAAUCAGCAAGAAAAGAAGCCGAAUUUGGAGGAGUUGGUGCACAAAUUUGUUAGUAGUACGGAAGCACAGUUUCAAAAUCAAGAAAUAAGGUUUCAAAAUCAAGAAAUAAGGUUUCAAAAUCAAGAUGCUGCUAUUCGGAACAUAGAAACGCAACUUGGACAGAUUGUUGAUAUGGUUUCUGGAAGAGUUCAAGGGGGUUUGCCAAGCAAUAGUGAAAAGAAUCCAAGGGAGCAAUUGAAGGCUAUCACUUUGAGGAGUGGGAAAGAACUUAAAGAGGUAGGACAAUCUGAUGGGAAAGAAGAAGGUGUGGAAGCUGGUGAAUCAAAGCAAGAGGAGGAGCCUACAAGACUUUUUCAUGAUCCGAAUGUCAAGCCUUAUAAGCAGAAAAUCCCUUUUCCCCAAAGAUUUUUGCAAGCUAAUUUAGACAAGCAGUUUUCUAAAUUUUUAGAGGUGUUUAAAAAGUUACGUAUUAAUAUUCCUCUUAUUGAUACUAUUUCGUAGAUGCCAAGCUAUGCAAAAUUUUUGAAGGAGAUCCUUGCCAAUAAAAGGAAGUUAGAGGAGUUCGAGAUGGUGAAGUUAAAUGAAGAGUGCUCUGCUAUUCUUCAGAAUAAGUUACCUCCUAAGUU